CUUCCCUUUACCAAUCGCAUCUUAAAUUAAAUAAUACUUGAUGCUUACUCAACAAUAAAUAGCUUAAUAAACCAAGUUCAACAUGAAAUGUGUUGUACCGGGAGUAAAUGUGAAAAUUUUGGCAAAAGCUAUACAUGCAUUGGCAAAAGUUGGAGAUGAAAUGUAUAUAGAACCACAAAGGAAUACUCUGUCAUUUCGUACUGUUAACAUGGCAAAUUCAGCAUACGCUGACUUUACAGUGUUUGAAAACUAUUUCUCAUGUUAUGUUUUUGGUGAUCUACAAGAGGACGAUGCAUUGAAAUGUAAAAUUUCAAUGAGGAGUGCCAUGACAGUAUUUAAAGCAACUAAUUUAAUAGAUAAACAGGUGGAAACAUGUCACAUAAGAUUAGAACCAGAUGCAUCUGAAAUAUUAUUUAUUUUAAAAUACAAGAAUGGUGUUACCAAAACGCAUUUGUUACCCAUAUUAGAUUGUGAAAUGCUGCAAACUGCAUAUGAUAAAGAUUCUGCAUCAAAUCAACUGUCUUCUCAGCCACGGGUAUUGGGAGGUGCUAUGCAUAAUUUUCAUCAAAAUUUGAUUGAAAUAACAUUGGAAGUUUCGUUGCAAAAACUUUUACUUAGAAAUUAUGUAGAUGAUACUUCGGGCUUGUCAAAUACAACAAGGACACAACUUGCUCUUGGCAAAGGGGAAUUUGACCAAUAUAAUAUUGCUUGUGAUACAUCAAUUACAUUUUGUAUGAAAGAAUUUAAAGCUAUUUUGGGUUUUGCAGAAUUCGUAGCUGUUCCAAUUGGUAUACAUUUUACAGAAGCUGGAAAACCAGUUAUAUUUUCAUUAAAAACCUCAUCAUUUGAGGCAAAUUUAAUAUUGUCCACGUUAAGUUCUGAUACCGAAAGUCAAACCGAAACAACGCUAAAUAGUAAGCAGGACAAAUCUAGAAAACGAAGAACAGAGAAAAAGCAAGUUUCUAGAAAACCAAACAACAAAUCUACAAGUAAAAUAAAGAAUAAGUCACCGAAUAUCAAUAAAACAUUAGAAAAUGCUAAUGCUAAAAAUAUACACCCACAUUUAAUAGAACAAACAAACGACUUAAAUCGAGGUAUUUCUAAAGAGAAAGUUAACGAACAACCGAGUGUACCUAACAGAGGUUUAAGAAAUGAUCGAAAUAAGAAUGAAGACAACUACUUGCCAGCAGAACAAAAUACGCGAGAGGAAUCUCGCAAUGCGCCAUCGUGUAGCUACAAUAUAAAUACAAGUCUCGGUAAAACAUCCACAAGUAGAAAGAAAUUAGUGAAUUCUGUAUUUUCUACAGUAAUAAAAAGAAAGUCUAGUAACGAUAAAACGGACACGGAACAAAGACAAGACAACGAUGUAUCUGUUCUAUUAGAAGACGAAGUACCAGAUUCACCACCUCCACCAACUAAAAAAGCCCGUUUAAUAUUUCAGAAAUGUUUUCAAAAAACAUUUGAUCCAAGAACAUUACCUGGAUACGACAUAAUUUUAGCCGAAGAUUCAGACGAGUGUUACGAGGGUUCUAUGAAAUAUAUUUUAAAUCUGAGUUGUCUAGCCAACGUAGGAUUCGGUUAUUGGUAUUAUAAUACAUAUUUGGAAGAAAAACAACAGUGUAAUAGAGAAAAAGAUGACAACGAAAAGAGUAUUUUUCGUGGUAGAAACAUUAGAAACAUGCCUGGAUUACCUUUGUUUGGAACAGUUUCUGCAGCCACUGCAUUCGUUCCCGCGGAAACCGAAACAAAUAUGGGUUCAAAAUUGUCAACUACAAGAGUGUCUGAAAUUAUGAAGUAUGGUUUUCCUGGGUUAGACAAUGUUAAAUCUUUCGAUGAUUUUGUACUUUCUUAUGAUAGAAGGAAUAGGGUGGCUCAUUGGGUGUUUGAACAUUUAACUAAAGACAGAUUAAAACACAACAGUGAAGUAUCACGUCAUAAAUGUGAAUUUAAACCUGAUCCAAGUAUACAUCCAUAUUUCAGAUCAGAGAACAGCGAUUAUAAGCGUAGUGGAUACGAUCGCGGGCAUUUAGCAGCAGCAGGAAAUCAUAAAAUCGAUCAACGUCAUAUAGAACAAACUUUCUUUCUAUCAAAUAUGGCACCGCAAGUGGGUGUAGGAUUUAAUAGGGAUUCUUGGAAUAGUUUAGAAAAAUAUAUUAGAAAUUUAACUAACAUUCAUAAGAAUGUGUAUGUUUGCACAGGGCCUUUAUAUUUGCCAAAGAGAGAAGCAGAUGGAAAGAAGUAUGUACGUUACGAAGUUAUUGGUGCAAAUCACGUGGCGGUACCUACUCAUUUUUAUAAAAUAGUUGUUGUAGAAACACACGACUCGACAUUAGAAAUGGAAGCAUUUGUAAUGCCAAAUACUCGUAUAGCUGAUGAUACUCCUCUAACAAAUUUUCAGGUACCACCAGAGAGCAUAGAACGUGCUGCUGGACUUUUAUUUUUUGACAAACUAUCGCGUGAUAAAUUAAUCAAAAUAAAUGGAAAGAAAAUUUGUUGAUGUUGAUUUUACACAACUCAACGAAAAAAUAGAAGCAA